AUGGCGGACGUGGAGUCGGAGGCUGGGGGCGGCAGCGAGGACGGCGGCGGCGGCUGCCGGGCUUCUCCCGAACAGAGCGGCAGCGCCGCGCGCCUGGCUCCGCUGGGCCCCGAGCAGCUGCGGCGGGUCCUGGAGCAGGUGACGAAGGCGCAGCUGCCCGCCGAGCCGCCGCCGCCGCCCUUCGUGCUGCAGGACGCGGCGCGGCGGCUGCGGGAUGCGGCCCAGCAGGCCGCCCUGCAGCGGGGCCCGGGCUCCGAGCCCUCGCGCCCGCCGCGCCUGCUGCCGCCCCAGCAACUAGAAGCCAUUUGUGUCAAGGUAACAUCUGGAGAAAUGAAAGGUCAGGAAAAGCCAAUGCCCCCACUGGCUGUCAUCCAGCUCAAAACAGCAAGACAAAGCCAGCUGCCCGGAAAGAAUUCCAGCCUGGUGGGGCUCCAGGUUGCUAGCUCUCAGCUGCUCAGGGUACAGCCCCUUGUCAGCCUCGGGCCACAGCCACACUUCCUGAGUGACUCACCACAGCGUCCUGCUCAGUUGUUUGUACAGAGACCACUGCCUGCCCUCCAACCAGUCCCUGUGAAGAACGUCAUGGUCCCCAAGACUCCAAAUGGACAGGGUGCCAUGUUGACCCCUUUGUCGGCCUCUGACCCGCCUGCAAUAACUUCUGUUUCAUCCAGUUCAGCACAUUUAUUUAUUUCUAACUUGCAUACAAAAUGUACUGGGAAACUAAAAAAAUCUUUAAAAGUGAAAACACGUUCUGGACGGAUAUCUCGACCUCCCAAGUAUAAAGCUAAAGAUUAUAAAUUCAUUAAAACGGAGGAUUUGGCAGAUGGUCACCUGUCAGAUUCUGACGAUUAUUCAGAACUGAGUGUGGAGGAAGAUGAAGACCAGAGGGAAAAGCGGGUGUUCUUUGACUUAUCGAGCUGCUCCCUGAGGCCCAAGGCUUUUAAGUGUCAGACGUGUGAAAAGUCCUACAUAGGAAAAGGGGGGCUGGCUAGGCAUUUUAAACUGAAUCCAAGCCAUGGCCAGCUGGAACCUGAGAUGUUGCUGUCUGUGAAAGCCGAUGGGAAUGUGACCCAUGGGCACAUGGAGGGAAGGACCGCCAGCCUGACCUCCCUGGAGCUGUCCCCACCAUCUGCUGCAUGUGAAGGAGGGGCCCUCUCAUGCUGUGUCACAAGGACAGAGCCAGCACCUGGUGGCCUGCAGAAUGGUCAGUCUAUAGAAGUUGAAGAGGCGUUGGUGUCUGAACCAGAAAACGGAAGUUACUCAGCUCUUUUGGGAUCAGAGGGACACCUAGGACCUAGAAGCGGAUACUCCGAGACCCCUGCGGAGUCCAGCGCAACUGUCCCUCGGCAGAGCAGAGCAGCUGCCACACAAGCGCAUGGAGGCCCUGCCACUGCGGGAACGCAGGGUGCGUGCAAGGGCAGAGCCGGGCUCAGGGAGUUUCUCCAGCAGUGUGACCAGGAGGAUCUAGUGGAAUCGGCUCUACCUCAGCUGGCUCAGAUUGUGACCGUGUAUGAAUUUCUUCUGAUGAAGGUUGAAAAAGGUCAUCUAGCAAAGCCUGUUUUCCCAGCCGUAUACAAGGAAUUUGAAGAGUUACAUAAAAUGGUUAAGAAAAUGUGUCAAGAUUACCUCAGUAGUUCUGGUCCAUGUGCUCAGGAGCCCCUGGAAAUAAACAAUAAUAAGGUUGCCGAGUCGUUAGGAAUCACAGAAGAAAUCCUGAGGAAAAGAGAAGUACACCCAGACUGCGUUCCCCGCAAGUGCCCCGGCCGAGAGGUGGAGGAGCAGCUGGCGGCAGCUAGUGGACGGAAGAGGGACAGUGAGGCCACAGAAGAGGGACUGGCCUCAGUGAAAAGGACCAGAAGAGAAAGUCUGUCUGAGGACACCACUGAGUACCCUGCUGCUGACAGCAGAGGCCGGGAGAAGCCCAGGCCCUUGUGUGCUUCAGCUGCCAGCACAGGUCCCAUAGUGUCUCAAGAGGAGGACAUUGUCAUAGUGACCAAUGCAGAGGGGCCUGCCCUGCAGAUGGGCCCACCAGAAGGGGUUCCUCUUGGAACUGUGGAGACGUUCCUCACCAUGGAGGCAGAGCCCUCACAGUGAAAAGGAGUCAGACCAUGACCCUAGAUUUGUAUGUACUUUAUCCAAAGAAGGUCUGUUUCAAGCAAUGUCUAUUUUUCUAAUGUGAAUACUGACACAAAUGAACAUUUUAUUUAUAAAGAAUAAUGUCUUUCUGCCCUACUGUCUACAUUUUUCUGUAGCGCUCAUCAUAAUGGCAGAUAUGUUACUUGAUAAUGGAUCCCUUGAUGACUUGUGAUUAAUGUCACUCCAUUAUUACUUGAUUAUCUGCCCUGCUCCCUAUUUCCCAAAAGUGAUGUCUCCUUCUCUCCUGGGUGAUAUGCUGCUUUUUCUGCCAGACCUGGUCCAUACUAGACUGCUUCUGGGUUCCGUUUAAAAAAUAUAAACAAGCUAGCUAUUCUGGGCAACAAUUUAUUGAGAAGUAGGAAAGAAAGUCAUUUCUAGUCGCAUUUUAUGGAUGAGGAAAGUGAGGUGUAAAUGAUAGGAUGGCUUAUUGGAGGUCCACAGUGAGACAGAGCUCAGGUCAGAGGCCCAGUUCUUUGAUGUCCCACUUGUAAAGUCACUAAUUGGAGUCUCUUGAAUGUUUUCCUUGGCUAUAUUAUGGGGGGAAAAGGGCAUGGUCAUUUGUCCAUGCUCAGACGAGAGCAUUCGAAGUGGGCAGCUGUUCUCUCCCCCACCUGGCAGAGACUGUCAGGGGAGACCCCAAGCAGAGAAGACGAUGCUCAGGGACAGAGCUGGGGUCAUGGCUGCACCUCACCCAGGGCUGUGCUCCCUCGGGCCUGCUGUGGAGGGCCAGCGUUUCCUUCAGCCCUUUCAGUGUCGGGGAGGAACGUCCUGCUCUCUCACUUGAUCUGAGUGGUUCAACAGGAACAGAAGGGCACUUUCCCAGCAGGAUUGGCCACAGCUGUGGCCUAGGAGAGUCGGCUGUCAGGUCAGGUUGUGGCUGUGUAGACUCAGGGCCACUUCUCCAGAGCCCAGAGUCCCACAAAACCACCACGAGUCCCUUCCUGGGAUCCUUGUAGACAAGAGCCUCCUUUCUGAGGAUCCUUCGUGUCCCCCAUCGGGCAACUAACACAAGCUGGGUUGAAUCUGACCAUAGUCUGGACAAGGCCCUGUUAACUAUAUACAUUUAUUUUCUAUUUAUAGGAUGUUACUCGAUUGAAUGUCCCAACACACCUUAAUUUCACCAUUGUGUAUGUGCUGCUAUGAAUGGCUAGAAAAUUCAACCGAUGUAAUAAAAAAGUACCCUCGUUCCACUGUACAGAGUUGAAAAUGCAGGAGGCUCUCAUAGUGUCCUCAUUAACUGGACGUGUGUGCGUUGAGUGUUCUGUGUGCCAGGUGUGGAACGGACAGCAGUGAGCAGGACUCACAGGGAGCCCUGUGCUUAUCUACUGGUUAGCCUUCACAGAGUCCCCAAAUAUAGAGUCAGAUACACAGCAGCUAUAUUGCCAUACUCCAUUA